UUCCGAAGAGUAGUGUAGAAGAAAUUCGACUGGGAACAAGUGAACCCGCCCAUGCUAUAUUUUCAUCACGAACUACGAAAGGCUCUCAUCCGGCGAUCCAAACAGAUACUUCGAUCACCGAUCAUCUUUCGUUAUCAGAUUAAUCGAGUUAGGGUUUGUUGAAUAUCGUGUCGAUGGAGAAUCUGCACUUUCACGACGGUAACAUAUACAAUCUUAUUGAGAAGAGACACUACGAUGUUCGCCGUGAUGGUAAUCACACUUUGCAAAUGCACUCGUCGUUGAUACGGAGGCUCUCUCAGGAAGCAGAAUUGGAGGGGCACCAGGGUUGUGUAAACAGUGUGGCUUGGAAUUCUAAAGGUUCACUCUUGAUAUCUGGAUCAGAUGACGCACGGAUGAAUAUUUGGAGCUAUAGUAGCAGAAAAAUUUUGUAUUCCAUAGAUACUGGCCAUUCUGCAAACAUAUUCUGUACAAAAUUUGUUCCUGAAACUUCUGAUGAGCUUGUUGUCUCUGGAGCUGGAGAUGCUGAGGUUCGAUUAUUUAAUUUGUCUCACUUAAGUGGGGGAACUUCUGAUGAUAAUGCUAUCGCUCCCUUGGCACUGUAUCAAUGUCACACUAGAAGAGUGAAAAAAUUAGCUGUUGAAAGUGGAAAUCCCAAUGUGGUAUGGAGUGCUAGUGAAGAUGGAACCUUGAGACAGCAUGACUUUCGGGAGGGGACUUCUUGUCCUCCAGCAGGCUCUUCUCACCAAGAGUGUCGCAAUAUUCUCCUUGACUUGCGGAGUGGAGCAAAGACGUCACUGGUUGAUCCUCCUAAGCAAACCCUUGCUCUAAAGUCUUGUGAUAUCAGUUCCAGUCGGCCGCAUUUACUUCUUGUUGGUGGAAGCGAUGCUUUUGCUCGAUUGUAUGAUAGAAGAAUGCUGCCUCCACCAACCUCGUGUCGGAAAAGGAUGUCACCACCUCCUUGUGUUAACUAUUUCUGCCCAAUGCAUCUUUCUGAGCGUGGACAUCCAAGCUUGCACUUAACUCAUGUUGCAUUUAGUCCUAACGGUGAAGAGGUUCUUCUGAGUUAUAGUGGAGAGCAUGUAUACCUGAUGAAUGUAAAUCAUGCUGGUGGGAGUUCAAUGCAAUAUACCUCAGGGGAUGCUUCAAAAUUAAUGUGCUUCACACCGCUACUCAAUGGAGCAGAGUUGCAUCCGCCAAAUUCUGGUGACCUGGAGGACAAUUCAUCUUGGAAAAGCCAUUACUCUCCCAGGCUUGAAAAGUGCUGGACAUUGGUUCAAUUUGCUGAAAAAUGCUUAGAGGAAGGGACAAAUUAUGUAUAUGGAAUUGAGGCAUGUAAUGAAGUUAUUGAUGGCCAUGCACAAGACAUUGCACCCUCACUAAGGCAUGAUUGUCUAUGCACACGUGCCGCCUUGUUGCUCAAGCGGAAGUGGAAAAAUGAUGUUCAUAUGGCUGUACGGGAUUGCUUUAAUGCUUGGAAACUCAAUAACUCCUCGUUUAGAGCCCUUCACCUCAUGUCUGAAGCAUUAUCACAGUUGGGGAAAAACAAAGAAGCUCUGGACUGUGCCUUUGCUGCUCAAAUUCUUGCUCCAUCCAACUCAUUGGUGGCAGAAUGGGUUGAAAAUAUGAAGAAAAAUGUUGCUGCAGCUGAAGCUGGAAAAAAUAAUAAGGCAAAUGAUGGGGCCUUAAGAAUGGAACCUCGAACUGAAAGAGUACUUUCAUUGAGUGAUAUACUCCACCGCUCAGGGGCAAACAGUGAUGCUUCACAAGAUGGUCCAAGGUCCGAAAGAGAAGAUUCUGAUUAUGAUGAGGAAUUGGAGCUGGACUUUGAAACAUCGGUAUCUGGUGACGAAGGGCGUGAUGAAUCCAAUAUUCUUCAUGGAAGUUUAAAUCUGAGAAUUCAUAGAAGAGGCGAUUCAACUAGGGAAGCCAGUGGAAAUGGUUCUUGUGGAUCUCCAUCUUCAACACACAGUGACAAGAUACUAUAUCAGCCUGAGGCUGCUAUUGAUAUGAAGCAGCGCUAUGUUGGGCAUUGUAAUACUGGAACCGAUAUAAAACAGGCUAGUUUUCUUGGGCAAAGAGGUGAGUUUGUUGCUAGUGGAAGUGAUGAUGGUAGAUGGUAUAUUUGGGAAAAGAAAACUGGAAGAUUGAUAAAAAUUUUGCAUGGGGAUGAAGCUGUUGUGAACUGUGUGCAGUGCCAUCCAUAUGAUUCCGUCGUGGCAACAAGUGGGAUUGAUAACACGAUAAAAAUAUGGACUCCAAGUGCUUCUGUCCCAUCGGUUGUUGCUGGUGGAGCAGCUGGACCUGAAACUGCUAACGUAUUGGAUAUCAUGGAGAAUAAUCAGCGAAAAUUGUGCCUCAACCGUGAAGCUAUCCUUCCCUUUGAACUGCUGGAGCGGUUUCGGAUGCAUGAAUUUGCUGAAGGAAAUUUUCAUCCUUUCGAGUGUGCUCAGAGUUGAUCUGGCUCAUAGUUAGUAAUUGUUGGAUAUACAGAUGUUUCCAGGUGAAUUAGAGGAUAUGUUCUUUGUAUUACGCAAAGGCCUGAAUAAUGAGUUACAGCAACGGACAAUGUGAUGGUGUUUGAAAGUUUGCAGUCCUCAAAGAUAAGCUCAAAUACUGAAUAAGGAGAGCUCAUUUGUAAAUUAUGUAGAGCUUCUUUAAUGCCUCUAUUAUGUAUUAUUGUUUCUUUCUUUCUUCUGAUUUUGUAAAUCAUUUUACUUGAUGUAUGACUGAACUUAUUCUGUACAGAUGAAAACUUCUUUUGUUUAGCCUGUUA